AGUCAUCUGGAUUAUGUAACACUGAGUCCCUAGAACAGAUGCUUCAGAGAGCUUUGUUUGUCCAAAUGGAGGAAGACUUUCAGUCUGGAAGAGGGACUAUGUUUUCCCCAACAUGCAGGAUUUGCGGCUGUAAGAGAUGAGAGCCUGGCAACUUUGGUUUCUGUGCUUCGUGGUGUUGAAUGCGGAUGCGCAAAAAGUGACUUCCCUGGAAGAAGAUCUCGCUGAUGCUGCGUUUGGCAACUUCCUUGACCCUCUGAAAGAUUUGUUUGACGAGGAUGAACAUCACUCGGCUAUCGCAAAAUUCUCCCUGCGUAAUCCGUCCCAUCCCGACGACGACCUCUGCUACAUUGUUCCCGGAAAACCAGAGACCCUGGCGGCCUGCGCCUUCAACAGCUCAUCCAAAACCUUCCUGGUGAUCCACGGAUGGACGCUGAGCGGUAUGUUUGAAAGCUGGAUGCCGAAGUUGGUGUCUGCGCUGUACGAGAGAGAGCGGACGGCCAACGUUGUUGUGGUGGACUGGCUGAGCUCGGCUCAGAACCACUAUGUGGUCGCAGUUCAGAAAACCAAAGCAGUGGGAAGAGAGAUCGCACGCUUCAUUGACUGGAUCGAGGAAACCACCAACCUGCCUCUUGACAAGCUGCACCUGAUCGGCUACAGCCUGGGGGCGCAUGUGGCUGGAUUUGCUGGCAACCAUGCCAGCAACAAAGUUGGGCGGAUUACUGGUCUGGAUCCAGCUGGACCUGACUUUGAGGGCGAACACGCCCACAGGCGCCUCUCUCCAGAUGACGCCCACUUCGUGGACGUCCUCCACACCUACACUCGGGGUUCGCUGGGUCUCAGCAUCGGGAUACAGCAACCCAUCGGCCAUGUGGACAUCUACCCCAACGGGGGCAGCUUCCAGCCGGGCUGCAACAUGAGGGGCGCCUUGGAGAAAAUCGCUAACUUUGGGAUAUUUGCCAUCAAUGACGCGGUGAAGUGCGAACACGAGCGCUCCAUCCAUCUUUUCAUCGACUCCCUGCUGAACGAGCAGGAACCUGCCAAGGCCUACCAGUGCGGCAGCAACGACGUGUUCGACCGCGGCAUGUGUCUGAGCUGUCGCAAGGGCCGCUGCAACACUGUCGGCUACAGCACAAGCCAAAUCCGCAGGCCACACAGCAUUCAGAUGUACACCAAGACACGAGCUUCCAUGCCUUUCAGAGUUUACCACUAUCAGCUGAAGAUCCACUUCUCCAGUAAAGUGAACAUGUCAGAGAUGGAGCCGUCUCUCACCGUCUCUCUGUAUGGAACCAAAGGAGAGGCUGAAAACCUGGAGCUUAAGCUGAAGGAAAGACUUGAGACAAACAGGACACAUUCGUUUCUUCUGGUCACUGAAACGGAUAUCGGCGACCUGCUGAUGUUGAAGUUUAAGUGGACGGAGACAAACAGCUGGUCGGUGUCCAACCUCUUAAAGAUGGUUUCCUCUUGGUGGUCUGGGAACGCCGACGGUGUGGAGGUUCACAAAAUCCGUAUCAAAAGUGGCGAGACUCAACAAAAGAUGGUUUUCUGUUUGAAAGACCCCGAUGCCCACAGCGCACAUUUGGUCACAUUUGUUAAAUGUAAAGAUGAAUGGAGAAUGAAACGUAAACCAAUUUCAAAGAGAGUAACUCUGAAGAAUGACUGACAAUAAGGAAAAUAUGUUGAUAAAUGUUUAAAAUCUUACCAAUUAGGACAUAAUUUAUACACUAUUUGUAUCUUCCAGACAUAAAAAAACCUUUGUACAUAUCUAUAGAUGUUGUGUAAUUCAUGUAAAUGCUGUAAAAUAUCUUGCAAAAAGCUGUUUUUUAUGAUGCAUAACUAUUGUCAAUGAAAUAAAGUAAGUUAUUUAUGGUACUCUUACACCUUGAUGCACAGCAGUGGUAUAAUUUUAAUUAGAAACAUUUCUUUACUGUUCAGGCAUGACUAUAGAUCCUAAACUAAUAUCUUUGUUUUAGAAAACAAUUGGGAAAGACUCGUAGUGGCUGAUAAAACCUAAUCAGUGUGGAUGUUUAUAUUUCCAAGGACUUAAGAGGUUAUUUUUAUGGGUCAUAGACAGAUGGAAAAACAUGGUUGUUUGGUGUAAAGAGGGUAAAGGUUGUAAGUUUUCAAAUGGAAACUUACAAGCUUGGAUGUACUUUAAAGGAUCGCUCAAGUUGAGCUGUCUGACUGGAUUUACCAGGUUGGAUCUGCAGGUAGUAAUGCCAUAAAAUAUAUAGAUGCAGAAACCAUAAAAAAAAAAGGCGGCAGGCUCCCGUCUCUAAAGGAAGGGGGAAAUAUACAAUCAUGUUUUCAUUUAUUUUUUCCUGUAGGGUCUUUAUAAAAAUACAUUCUUUUUCCUGUAUUUGGUUUGCCCAGCCCGUCAAAUCGAGCAUUUACCACUGCUUAGUGUAAACACUUGCCUCGUUUUCUCAGUUUUUCACCUCGGUGUGCAAUAAAGUUGUCAUUUCGAAUUAUGACUUUUACUGAAGCAGCCAAAGCUGCUGUUUUGUGUUGUAGUUUGUGCUGCUGCUGUGACACAAAGAUGUGGCAAACUGAUAAUAUAUAUCUAUAUAUUUCAUAAGCAUGUGAUGCUAGUUUGAGUAUUUUCUGUUCUUUGGUUCCUUUUCAUUCAUUCUACAGAGAUCGGUACUGUUAUCAUUGUGACUUUAUAUUACAUAUUAUACAUUUGCACAAAGAGAAUAUUUUUCAUGUACUGUAAAUCUGUCUAAAAACCACAACAAAACUGUUUUCAUUAAGAACCACUGUCUUAUAUUUUUGUCUAUAGAUUAAUGUAUUUCUAAAAUUUUUGUACAUAUUUGUAAAGGAGUCAAACACUGUGCUGUAUAAAUUCUUUAAUAAACAAUAUUUGCCAAAGUUAA